UUUCUAUAUAUCAGUUUUAGCAAAAAUUUCAUCGAAAAUUUCUUUGUUUAUAUUCCACGUAAAUUAUCAAUAACUUAUUGAUUUCUUAACUGAUUCGAAGAGAAAUUGUUAUUCAUGGGGUGUUCCAAAUUAUCACCGUGACGUAGUUUUAUUUUCGCUUGGAUAUAGACCUGCAUUUGUGUUUAUAAAUGUCUGUUUCGUUGUGCGUUUUACGAAUUGAAAUUGACGAAGACCUUCCUGAAAUGGGUGAUAAUGCGGCGGAAAAUGAAGCGGCAAAAGAGCAGAAGAAGAAGGACCGCGGGUCCCGUGAGUCUAAGACCAUAACAGUGGAGACGUAUGCGAGUGUGCUGAUGGGGCCGAAUACCGACACAGGCAUCCUGCCAACCAGCUCUCGCCGGUCCCCUCCUGAAGACAAUGUCUCGGAGGAAGAGGAUACUAUCAGCUUCUUCUGCGGUAACCCUCUUGUUGAGGUCACUAAGGGAAUCCUACAUUUGUAUAAAGAGAAUGAGCUGAAAGAAGCAGAGGAAGCAAAGACCCUAUGUCUGCUGUCAGUGCCGGGAGCGCUGGGGGCAGGAGACUUGCUGGCAUUCGCUGCUGCCUGUCAGCAGGAUAUAGCUCAUGUCAGAGUGCUGAGAGACGGCUCACCGGAUCAUUACAUGGCCUUACUUACGUUCCGCACGUACCAAGCGGCGCGUGAGUUCCACUCGGCCUUCGACGGCGUCCCGUACAGCAGCCUCGAGCCGCACUCGCUGUGCCACAUGGCGUGGGUGUCGCGCGUGGAGUGGGCGCGGGACGGCACACCACCACCCUCGCACACCGAGCUGCCCACGUGCCCCGUCUGUCUGGAGCGCAUGGACGAGAGCGUCGCAGGAGUGCUAAGCGUGCAAUGCGCGCACGCGUUCCACGCAGAGUGCCUGGUGCGCUGGCGGGACGCGCGCUGCCCGGUGUGUCGCUGCGCACAGGUGCCCGAGCCGCGCGACCGCGCCGUCUGCUUCCAGUGCGAGCGCAGCCAGGAGGAACAAGAGGAGGGCGAAGAGACCCGGGACAACAUCAGUGGCGUCGCUGAAGGACUAGGGCUGGAUGGAGUAGAAGCCGGCACGCUGUGGAUCUGCCUCAUCUGCGGACACGUCGGCUGCGGCAGGUAUGAAGGCGGACACGCCGCGAAACAUUUCAUGCAGUCAAACCACACGUACGCACUGCAGUUGGGUUCAAACAGGGUGUGGGAUUAUGCAGGCGACAAUUUCGUGCACCGCCUGGUGCAAAACAAGGCGGACGGCAAGCUGGUGUCGUGGGCGGGCGCGGCGGGCGCCGACGACGCGUGCCACGAGGCCUGCGCCGGGGACAAGCUGGACGCCGCGCAGCUCGAGUUCACGUACAUCCUCACGCAGCAGCUCGACAGCCAGCGCGCCUUCUACGAGGAAAAGAUCGCCAAGAUGGAAUCCGAGCACGCAGCGCAGUGCUCGCAGCUGCAGCUGCGCGCUACCGAAUGCGAAGCCACGUCGGCGAAGCUGGCAGGGCAGUUGGCCUCGCUCGCCAACCAGAAUAAAACUUUGGAGAAGAAACUGCAAAACACCACAGCUAAGGUGUCGUCGCUGCAGGCGGCGCUGGGCGAGGAGCGCGGGCUGGCGGCGGCGCUGGCCGCGGCGCACGCCGGCUGGCAGGCGCGGGCGCAGGCCGCGGAGGACGGGCUGCGGGCGGAGGUGACAGAACUGAAAGAGCAACUCCGCGACGUGAUGUUCUUCGUGGAAGCCCGCGGCAAGUUGGAGACGGCCGAGGGCGCUACGCAGGAGGAGAUAGCCUCGGCCAGCGUGUCCGUGGCGGCGCCGGCCAAGCCUCGCCGGAAGAGGCGGUAGUUGGCCGUAGACAAAUUAUACUCUAUGGAUGUUGGUUGGCUGUAUGGGCUACGUUCCCUUUGCCUGCCCAGUACGGGCAAAUAAAAAAAAACUGUAGAUGUUGGAGGCAAACAUGAAUUACUGAUGUGAUGUAUUAGGCGUGCAUAAUAGAUGUUCUCUGUGAUGCGUGGGUACUCAGUUCAUAUUGCGAUGGAUGUACUUACCUCUGACUAGCGCGAUUGGGAAUACAGUCGUGAAUUUAUGUUAUGUUUUAUAGGUAUACAUGUCGGAAAGUAAAGCUAAUACUCGUUUUUCAUAAUGUGUAUUGGCAGGGUUAGGUUAUAGUGUGAUAAUUAAUUCAUUAGUACGAAAGGAUUAAAAGAAAACAGAAAAAAAAACUUCAUACAUUAUUUUGUGUAACUAACAUUCACUGAGAUACUGUAAGUCCGAGUUAAUUUUAUCAAUGAUACUUAAAUGUAUAAUUCAGAUGUAAAGUGCAUCGUAACAAUAGAUGUAAGUCUCGAAAAUUCGCAAAUUCUACAAAAUACUGUCAAAAAUUGUACUCAAGUGAUUAAAAGCUUUGUGUGCAAGGGCAUGAAGUUGAAUUUGCUAAUAUUGCUGUGAUAAUGUGAUUGAUUAGUGUAAGAAUAUUACUUGUUUUAAUUUUUUUCUUUGUAUAAUUUAUAGAAAUCAAAAGCCAUGGCGAAGUAAGAUUUUAGGAAGUGGUAGAUUUUCAAUCGUUAUUUCGGAAAUAAACA